AAGAAAUGCUAUAAUAAUCUACAUCCAGUGUUUCUCCUCAGCAUAGACAGGGCGACAUUUGGAGAGCUCUCGCCCUCUGCUUGUGAUCAGCGGAAAUAUAUGGCAAAUCAUUAUGAAUUUGGUCCUUUUAUGUUCGUUUUCUCGGACUGAGGUGAUUCUGUGCGAUCGCUUGUCUGAAAGUGAUAUGUCUUGUCCAACAGAACUGACUGGUUGUUUCCGCUCGGCCUCUGCUAUGGGCCCGAGAACGGAGGCUUUAUUACGUAAUGGUUGGGUAGGCAGCGUGAGCGUCAUUUAGAUGAUCAUAUCCUAUCACAGAGAGGGGAGGUCUGCUUUAAAGAGAAAUAUCUAGCACUGGCUGGGUUUUUUUACCUCACACGCAGUAUUACUUUUGAUCUGCCGCAGUUUCUAUUUGAUGUUGCCGCUUAAUCUAUAACUAACAUUCACAUAAACUCUCUGGAGCUGUUUGCUUGGUUGACUUAAUCUACGAGGAGUGAGCUGGCUGUGUUAUGGGUAUGAGCCAUUGCACCAUCCCUGAGCGUCGGCAGAAGCCUGAGAAGGACGCGAGGGUGUGCACUGUGUUCUAAGAACGAGCAAGUGGAUAUCCAGACAUCGGAGAACGACUAGCAACAACGUGAAUUAUGUCUUACUAUAACCGAGAACUGGUGGUAUUUUUUAUUAAAUAUAAACUCUCACAGAGGAACUACCCCUACAAUCACAUUGAAUUUACAGAAGACACAAAUCGGACUGAUGCGGCGGAAGGGAAUGAUGAUGAGGCAGCAGCAGGAACGACGACCCUCGUUAAUGGCUCCCUGAAUGGAACAAGUACUGGUUCCACUGGGACCCCACCAAGGUCCCCCGCUUCAACCCCCCAGCGUCAGACGAACGGGACUGGGGGUCUGGACGCGGUAAAGGAGGCGCUUCGUGAUUCUGCCAACGAGUUUGAGCUGCGUUAUUCCCAAGCAUUCAAUGACCUGUCCUCGCAGCUCCACAUCACGCCUGCCACAGCGUACCAGAGCUUCGAGAGCGUGAUGGAUGAGGUGUUCCGCGACGGCGUCAACUGGGGCCGCAUCGUGGGACUGUUUGCCUUCGGAGGGGCUCUGUGUGUAGAGUGCGUGGAGAAGGAGAUGAGCCCGCUAGUGGGAAGCAUCGCGGAUUGGAUGACCGUCUACCUAGACAACAAAAUUCAGCCCUGGAUCCAGAGCCAAGGAGGAUGGGAACGCUUCGCAGAGAUCUUUGGAAAAGAUGCAGCGGCAGAGAGCAGAAAAUCACAAGAAAACUUCAAGAAGUGGUUGCUGGCGGGAAUGACCUUGCUCACGGGUGUCGUGGUCGGGUCACUCAUUGCACAGAAACGCCUGUGAGGAUCAGGAUAACUGAAGAUCCAAAUACACUCACUGCUUCAUUUAGACCUCCUGCUAACAUGAAGGAACUUAAAAAAUACAUGUUUCGGAUUUAUUUGUUUCCCUUUUAUUGCCAAGAAAUUUCAUGUUUACAUCCCACAUCCCACUAUGUUCUUGAGUGGAGCGCAUCUGUGAUGUAAUGACACAUGAUCCAGACUGCAUGAGGGUGCUUUGCUUUUUAGCUGAUUAGGAUCAAGCUAACCCAGGUCUCCUUAAACCCUGUUUAACAAAAUAAGAAUGACUAAAAAAAAGUCUAGGAAAAAUGACUAAAAAAGAACGUUUGACCAAACCUUCAUUCUUUGUGUCUGUAAUUAUUAUUUUUUGUUGUUAUAAAUAAUUAUUUUCCUCUAUCAUCAGUCUUUUUAAGUAUCCUUAUUAUUCUCUCAUUUUCAAAGAGACUGGCAAAACUGACAAGGAUACAAAUACUUUUAUCUUUGAAUCUAAUUUAAGCUGAUUUGUGAUUCUUGAGUUAAUGACCCAAUGAGAGAGAAGUUGAAUCCAAACUGAAUCAGAAGCAUUCAGUCAUUGUUGCUGUCUGGAGUGCCAGAUAUCAGCUCGAUAACAGAGAGGCACCUUUUGGGCCCAUCACUACAUUCGAGGGCUUGCUUCCUCUGUGAUCUCUCUAUCAUUAGAGGACAUUGUGGAGAACAGAUGAAACAUGUCUGUGUGUGUGUGUGUGUGUGUGUGUGUGUGUGUGUGUGUGUGUGUUUUCUCCCAAUUAUUGUUCUGUUCUUUUUUCCCAUGCAAAUUUGAUGAGAGUUAAAUGUGUGUGACUCCCUGCAUGGGCAGGUUUGAAAUCCUCUGGAGCAUCUAAAUUAAAGGACCAACAGUUAUGAGAAAUUGUUUUGUUGUGAAAGAAAGUUCUGUAUGUUCAUUGCAGUUUGAUUGUUUGAUUCAUUAAACCUAACUUCAGCUUCAGAUGAAACUCUUUAUACCUUUUGAGAUUGUUGUAACUAGAGCUAGAGGAGACACAGAUGCACAAGGAGUGAGCAGAUCACUCCUGGUGUAUGUGUGGCUACCUUUCACUGUGUACACAGAAAAUGUAACAGAAAACAGCAGAAAGAAAUUAGAUUAAACCAUAUUGCCACAAGAGCGCUCGGUGUCUUGUAUGGUCUUGGGAAUGAGAAUAUAACUUACAAUACUGGUCUAGCAGUUGUGACAAGCUAAUAGUCAUUGAGUUUUUGUUUCACUUUGGUAUAAAAUGUAAUUUGCAAUUGUUUUGUUGGUAAGCAGAAAUUUAAGACGUGCAGCACACACAACUUUACAGAGGCAAGCUAAAAUGCUAAUCUCAUUUUUAGUCCCUUAGCAUUCACAUUUGACCCUUACCGUGUAAUGGUCCACAAUGUUUUGAAUCCUGGUUGACGGACAUUUAUUGGGUCAAACAACAUCAUGGUGCUGCCGCAAAAAAACAAAACCCAUAGUGUUUGACUGAACUUAUUUUUUGCAACACUUAAAUUUAGGCUACGUAGUGGGGGGGGGGUUUUCCUUUCAAAUUCCAAUUCUUCAUGUUUUUGAAAGCAAACCUCAGAAUAGUUGGAAUAAAACUCUCAAUCUUCUCACAACUCCAGAUUCCCGCCAAAUCUCAUUUUAAACGCUUUGCUGUCAGAGCGGUUAAGCGUGAGUGUCAGUCCGCGCGCGCACCUGCUGCUUUACACUCGGCUCGUGUCAAACUCAUUAAAGCGCCCGGAGAUGUGGAGAAAUGAUCUUUAGGUUUCAAAUCAUCAUUAAUUCAAAUAGGACGUCAAGUUGAAUAUUCUUCGCCUUUUCCGAUGUGUAAUGAUUGACGAGCGGGUUAAUUCAAACAGAAGCGAUGAAAGCUAUGGUGGUGCAGGUGUAUUUCAAGCCCUGAACCCCGGUUGGAGAUCUCGUGGGGAAGCUGGGAUCUUUUGGUGUGUCACUCAAAACAUACCAAUCAUAAGCGUAGCGUCCUUUGAGACCUAACCCAGAAAAGAGAUGUCUGUAGUGUUCCGCGGAUUUUUAAGCAGGUGUGGAAUAAAACAUUUUUAGCCUACUCCCUGAUACACUCUUGGAAAAACUAUUAAAUGUAAUUCUCUUCAUUUAAAUACAGCCUUUCUGAAAUAUUGCUAAUAGUUUACAUAAUGAUUUAAUGCCGUUAAUGUAAUAAAAACACACGGCGAAAACAAUACAUUUGAAAGUCGUUACAAUCCGGAUGGGUAACGCGUUACUCUUUCACUGUCACGAUUCCAAGUUUCAUUCAGAGGUAGGCCUACAUAACAUUGCGUAAGUAAAAUGGGUUGCGAAUUUAGUUUCAUGUUGACUUCAAGUUUGAAAUGAAGAAUUUUGACAAUUGACAUUCAAUCUAAUAGCCCCCUUUUAAACUUCGAAGUUGCAGUGAAGUGUUCAAUAACACAUGUACAAAUUAUAGUUGGUGAAGCUCAGCAGGUUCAAAUUGCCGACAUUUACACUUUUUGCUGCUCUGUAGACACUGAUUUCUCAGAAUACAUUCCGUGUUAUGAAAUUUGCUGCUUGCAUGCUUAGUCCGUGUCUGUUUGUCAUGUUGCAGAGAGAGAGAGAGAGAGUGUGUGUGUGUGUGUGUGUGUGUGUGUGUGUGUGUGAGAGAUGCUGUGUGGUUACCGAGUUUUGACAGUAUGCUUAAGAGUGAAAUGUACCAGCAUUGGCACGACACUAUGUAAACUAGUUAACUUAAAUGACAAUUAGACUAGCUCAUCAUAGCUUAGUGAGAAUAUUUAAGGCAUUUUGAUGAUUUGAAAAUAUUAUUUAUGAUAUCUGGUGUAAACGCAUAUUGUUCCUUCCUAUGGCCUUAAACUCCAUAAUUUCUUUUGACGUGUAUUUGUUUCUUAUUGUGUUUAUAUUUAGCCAACUUAACCUAAACAAGAGUACAAAAAGAAAACUAUUUUUUUAAGGUUUUGGGUUUAUUUAAACAGCUUCACGCCUGAAUAAUUGUUUUAUGUCUUAAGACUUCUUUUUUUAAAUGUCUGAUAUCAUUUAAAUUAAAUAAAAACCCAGCUGAAUUCACAAGA